UCGGGGUGGAAGGAAGGUGGUGACCGGGCCGGGGAUGUCCGCCUCGGGGCUGCGUGCUGGUGAUGGCUCUCCGUCUGGUCGUAGAUUUCGAUCUCCGGAAAGACGUGCUCCCCUGGCUGCGGGCGCAGGGCGCGGAAAGCGGCGGCGCAGAUGUAUGGGAGACAAAUUAUGAGAGCUUACGUGUACUAAACGUUGAAAGAAAUGGGAAUAUUAUUUAUACCUAUAAGGAUGAUAAAAGAAAUGUCAUCUUUGGAUUCUAUGAUUGCCAAACCAAACAGAACAAGCAUCUUUAUACCUUUGAAAAAGACUUGCAAGUCAUUAGUGGCUCUAUCAACAGUGAGAAAACAUUGCUUGCUGCAAGUUUAGUUCAAUCUACUGAAGAAAGAAGAAGGAAUGAGCUUCAACCAGGCUCAAGGUGCCUGACUUUGCUGGUGGAAAUCUACCCUGUGAAUAACGUGAAAGUUCUCAAAGCAGUGGAUAGCUAUAUUUGGGUACAGUUCCUCUAUCCAUAUGUUGAAAGUCACCCUCAUUCCCAGAAUCACCUGUUACUGAUUUCAGAAGAGAAAUAUAUUGAGCAAGUUCAUAUCCAGGUGACCCAAGAAGAUGGAGAUACAGUGGUAAUUAAAAAUUCUGACCAUCUCCCCAGAGACAGAAUAGCUGAGGAUUUUGUUUGGGCUCAGUGGGAUAUGGCAGAGCAGAGAUUAUACUACAUCAACCUGAAGAAAUCAAAGAGUAUCUUAAAAUGCAUCCAGUUUUAUGCUGACAAGAGCUUUAACUUAAUGUUCGAAACACCGCUGGACAUAUCAUUAAAAGACUUGGGUUUUAAACUUGUCAACUUUGGGUGUGAAUAUCAUCAAGAUACAUUAUCCAAACAGUCGACUCUCUGUGUUUUUACCAACCAUACAGGAAGUUUGUGUGUAUGUUACAGCCCAAAGUUUGACUCUUGGGAGCAAAUCACAUAUUCAGUGUUUUACCUUCAUAAAGGAUACAGCAAGACGUUCACUGCUGCUCUUGGGAGAGCUGGCUUGCCUGGGCCCAUGGGGAUAACCUUUCUCAACCUUGAUUUGUACUUUGGUAGUGGGGUCACUGGAUACAGAUUCAAGUACCAACAGAGUUCCAUCUAUCAUCUUAUCUUAAAGAUUAUUCAGUGGAUUUCUGAGAACUUGACUGCCUGCCAUUCAUUUGACCUCCUUCAGGAAUUUCUAAUUGCCUCUUCCUAUUGGAGCAUAUUUCUAGAGUCCUGCACGGUGGCCAUGCUUUUUCCUUGGUCCUCGGUGCUCACUUGGAACAUGGAAAUUCCUGGAAUAACCCUUGUGACCGAAGAGAUUGCAUUGCCCCUCAUGAAGGUCCACAGCUUUAAGGGCUACUGGGAAAGACUGAACACCAACCUCCAGUAUGUCAAGUACACCAAGCCACGCUUACACUAUCACAACAGUGUGGUCGGGAGAGAGUGGCACAACCUGAUCUCUGAAGAGAAAACAGGAAAAAGAAGGGCCACAGCAUAUGUGAGGAAUAUUCUUGAUAAUGCUCUAAAGGUGAUUUCUAACAUAGAAGCAAGGAAUUCAGAGCCAAGAUUGAUGCCGCUCUUGCAGGAGGAUGACCACCACCAGCGGCUGCUCAUCGGCCUGAUGGUGUCCGAGCUGAAAGACCAUCUUUUGAGACACCUACAGGGAGUAGAAAGGAAGAACACUGAACAGAUGGCUCUGGACUACGUUUCCAAACUGCUGGAUCUCAUUUGCCGCAUCCUGGAAAGUGCCUGGAGGAAACACAAGCUUAACCCUUGGGUUCUCCACUGCAAUAGGCGUAACAGUGCUGCUGAGUUUGCAGUCUUUCACACCAUGACCAGGAUUUUGGAAGCUACCAGCAGUUUGCUUUUACCUCUGCCUCCUGGAUUCCACACUCUGCACAUGAUCCUUGGGGUCAACUGCCUCCCUCUGCAUAACCUACUACAUUACGUUGAUAAUGGAGUGUUGCUGCUCACGGAGACAGCUGUCACACGGCUCAUGAAAGAUCUGGACAACACAGAGAAAAAUGAAAAACUAAAAUUCGGCAUUAUUGUACGGCUUCCUCCGCUUAUUGGUCAGAAGAUCUGCCGACUUUGGGAUCAUCCUGUGAGUUCCAACAUCAUUUCGAGGAACCACGUGACGCGACUGCUCCAGAACUAUAAGAAACAGGCUCAGAAUUCUGUGAUCAAAAAGUCAUCAUUCACUGUGGAAUUUUUGCCUCUCAACUACUUCAUUGAAAUUCUGACCCAUCUAGAGUCCUCCAAUCAAGCUCUGUGUGAUUUUGAGGGCCAUGACAACGUGGAUGCAGAAUUUGUAGAAGAAGCAGCACUGAAACACACUACCAUGCUUUUAGGUUUAUAAAAGAGAAAAUGCUUCCAAUUUUAAUAGUCCUCAUUGGCCUUAUGCCUGCUGGGAAUUCUUUUGCAAUAUUUAUCAUUGGAAUGUACUACUCAGCCAUCUAAGUUUCACACUGAUACUCAUUCUAAUUUUGAGAUAAGCAGUCAAGCAUAAGAAGACACACAACGGUAUAAGCAGUCCUCUUUCUAGUGGUUUAAGAGGCCAAAAGUUGGUCUGGGAAGGUGGCUCAGUGGUAGAUGCUUGCCUUCUUUGCCUGAGGCCUUGGGUUUGACACCUU